GGGACGAGCGGGGCCAUGGGCGUGCGGGCUGCCCCGCGCCGCGCCCCGCGCCGCCCCCACCACAGCCCAGGCCGCGGCCCGCCCCGCGCCGCCGCGCCUGCCUGAGGUAGAUUUUUCCAUAACCUUAUGGAGAAAAAGGACUUUGAAGCAUGGCUUGAUAACAUUUCUGUUGCAUUUCUUUCUCUGACGGACUUGCAGAAAAAUGAAACUCUGGAUCACCUGAUUAGCCUGAGUGGAGCAGUCCAGCUCAGGCACCUCUCCAAUAACCUAGAGAUCCUCCUCAAGAGGGACUUCCUCAAACUGCUUCCGCUGGAACUCAGUUUUUAUUUGCUAAAAUGGCUCGAUCCUCAGACCUUACUCACAUGUUGCCUCGUCUCUAAGCAGUGGAACAAGGUUAUAAGUGCCUGUACAGAGGUGUGGCAGACAGCUUGUAAGAAUCUGGGCUGGCAGAUCGAUGACUCUGUUCAGGACCCUCUGCACUGGAAGAAGGUUUACUUGAAGGCUAUUUUAAGGAUGAAGCAACUGAAGGACCAUGAAGCCUUUGAGACCUCCUCUUUAAUUGGACAUAGUGCCAGAGUAUAUGCACUUUACUAUAAAGAUGGACUUCUUUGUACAGGUUCAGAUGACUUGUCUGCAAAGCUGUGGGACGUGAGCACAGGGCAGUGCAUAUAUGGCAUCCAGACACACACUUGUGCUGCAGUGAAGUUUGAUGAACAAAAGCUUGUGACAGGAUCCUUUGAUAACACGGUAGCCUGUUGGGAAUGGAGCUCAGGGGCCAAGACGCAGCACUUCAGAGGGCACACGGGUGCAGUUUUUAGUGUGGAUUACAAUGAUGAACUUGAUAUUCUGGUCAGUGGCUCGGCAGAUUUCACUGUGAAAGUAUGGGCCUUAUCAACAGGAACGUGCCUGAAUACACUUACUGGACACACAGAAUGGGUCACAAAGGUGGUUUUGCAGAAGUGCAAGGUCAAAUCUCUCAUGCAUAGUCCAGGGGAUUAUAUUCUUCUGAGUGCAGAUAAAUAUGAAAUCAAGAUUUGGCCUAUUGGAAGGGAAAUAAAUUGCAAAUGCUUAAAAACCCUGUCAGUGUCUGAAGAUCGCAGCAUUUCACUGCAGCCCCGACUGCACUUCGAUGGCAAAUACAUUGUGUGCAGUUCAGCUCUAGGAUUGUACCAAUGGGACUUUGCCAGCUAUGAUAUUCUCAGGGUUAUCAAGCCUCCUGACCUUGCAAACGUGUCCUUGCUGGGCUUUGGAGAGAUAUUUGCCCUGCUGUUUGAUAACAGAUACCUGUAUAUAAUGGAUUUGAGGACAGAAAAACUGAUUAGCCGCUGGCCUCUGCCAGAAUAUCGAAAGUCAAAGAGAGGUUCCAGCUUCUUGGCUGGUGAAAUCUCCUGGCUAAAUGGACUAGAUGGUCAAAAUGACAUGGGCCUGGUUUUUGCCACCAGUAUGCCAGACCACAGUAUUCAUUUGGUAUUAUGGAAAGAACAUGGCUGAAGAGAUGGCAUAUGCCAGGAUCUUCAUGAAUCCUUGAACUAUCAGCAGUUUGUCCAUGACAGAAGACUUUGCAUGAACCAAAGUUGCACACCUAAUGGUAUCAUCAUGCAAUGCACAAUCAUUUACCUUUUAUUUUUAGGGCAUUUUUCAAGGGUUUCUUUGACAUAAUGCAACACAGCAUGCUAGCAAUAUUCACCACUGAAUUUUGUCUGUACUCAUGUUUAAGUAUCUAUAUUUGGGCUCUGAAGUAUAGGAUGAUAAAGGUUAAAAAUCACUCAAAUCUAUUGAUCAGGUCUACAUUGAUAAAGUACUUGCUCUCAGACUUCUGCCCUAUUUUUUGGAUGAAACAAAGGAGAUGAUGUUAUCUUGGCACUCUAGUCUCGUAUAUGCAGCAGCAAAGGCUGGUCAGCAGUGCACAACCGCACAGUUCCCUCAAAUGAAACCAAAAUGGCCCUUUGAAUAUUAUCUUCUUAGUGACAUUGACUUUUCCUUAUCAGAGCUUUAAACCAUGACUCCGUGGAAUCAAGAAAUGAGGUGGAGUUUUUUAAGCAUUGUUAGAUUACUUCUGGAUGACACCAGCAGCCUCUCUGAGGCUGUGUGGAGGUGAUACUCCUAUCCCUGGGUCAGACUGAGCCACGUUCUCUGUUAUUAUUUGACCUAAUAGUUGUCAGAUGUGAACUGGAGAAUUUGUGGCUGGUGUCUAUUACACUUCUCUUUUUGAAGUCAAGUUGGGACAGAAGCAAACAGUCUUUCCGUGGACACUAAGUUGACAGCACAAUGUGAAUAAAACCAUCUUGCUGGUUUAAUGUUUGUCCCAUUGUACUACUAUUGAAUGAACAUGCUGGGCAAUGUCUUGGUCUUCUUUCAGAGACUGAAACAUGGAAUGCUUGUACAACUCUAGAAGUCCGCCCUGCAUGGCUUUAUCAGCAAUGCACUGUUAAUGUUUUUCUACAGGCUGAGGGUCAGAGCACAGUGUGCUCCAGGGAUUUAGGAAAAAAAAUAAUGGAAGGGAACAAGGUCACCCUUAACCCAUGGGCUACUGGAUUUGAACUCCUACAUUGAGCAGAUAGUAUCCAAAAAUUGGCUUCCCUUGCGAAGUAACGGUCAUAUGCUAGUGGGUAUGGAACUACCUGUUCCAACUAGAUUGGAAAGUGGGAGCCAAAACUGUGAUACCAUGAACAUAAGCCCUUGAAAAAGGAGUUUUAAAAUUUAAAGGAUAGAAUUGGCAAUAGCUCUAUUGUAGUCUGAUAUGACCAGCUUCACUAGACUUGACUAAGAUAGAGAGAAGAUUUAGUAAAUAUUUAAUAGUAAGCAUCCAUCACAAGUACUAUCACUGAACCUGACUUGUAUUUAAAAACUGUAUCCAUCACAACAUGACUCACUUUAGAAGUGCAUUUUUACAUUUGGAAAAUAAAGUUGCCCCCCUAGUGUCUAUUUUUACACAACUUCUAAAUAUAAGGUUGCUUGAA